CAGGGAUGCUGUUAAACACAAUGCCCAGAACAAUUCUUACCAAAAAAAAAAAAAAAAAAAAAAAAAAAAAAAAAAUCUGACUCAAAAUGUUAGUAAUGCUGAAAUUGAGACCUCCUGGGAUAAGCCAUCAUAAGUAUGUAUUUCACAGAAUAAUUAUUUUCUUGUAGUUAACAUUUACCUUUCUUUUCAGAAGUGAGGACGUUUACUGGAGUAAAAUGGAGGCCUCAGUAAUACUACCCAUUCUGAAGAAAAAACUUGCGUUCCUUUCAGGAGGAAAGGACAGACGGAGUGGCCUCAUUCUGACAAUUCCAUUAUGCCUGGAACAGACAAAUAUGGACGAGCUGAGUGUUACCUUAGACUACCUACUCAGCAUUCCAAGUGAAAAGUGUAAGGCUAGAGGAUUUACCGUGAUUGUGGAUGGCAGAAAAUCACAGUGGAAUGUGGUGAAAACAGUAGUCUUAAUGCUACAGAAUGUUGUUCCAGCUGAGGUAUCCCUUGUUUGUGUAGUGAAGCCUGAUGAAUUCUGGGAUAAGAAAGUAACACAUUUUUGUUUUUGGAAAGAGAAGGAUAGACUUGGCUUUGAGGUUAUUUUAGUGUCUGCCAAUAAAUUGACUCGUUACAUAGAACCAUGCCAGUUAACAGAAGAUUUUGGCGGGAGUCUCACCUAUGAUCACAUGGACUGGUUAAAUAAGAGACUGGUUUUUGAGAAGUUUACAAAGGAAUCUACAUCAUUACUAGAUGAACUUGCUUUGAUUAACAAUGGAAGUGAUAAAGGAAAUCAGCAAGAGAAAGAAAGGUCUGUGGAUUUAAACUUUCUUCCAUCAGUUGAUCCUGAAACAGUUCUUCAGACAGGGCAUGAAUUGUUGUCCGAAUUACAGCAGCGUCGAUUUAAUGGCUCAGAUGGAGGGGUCUCAUGGUCUCCGAUGGAUGAUGAACUGCUGGCCCAGCCACAGGUUAUGAAAUUAUUAGAUUCUCUGAGAGAACAAUAUACUCGAUACCAGGAAGUUUGUAGACAACGUAGUAAACGUACACAGUUAGAGGAGAUUCAGCAGAAGGUGAUGCAGGUUGUGAACUGGCUUGAAGGUCCUGGAUCAGAACAACUACGAGCCCAGUGGGGGAUUGGAGACUCCAUCCGAGCCUCCCAGGCCCUACAGCAGAAGCAUGAAGAGAUUGAGAGCCAGCACAGUGAAUGGUUUGCAGUGUAUGUGGAACUUAAUCAGCAAAUUGCAGCACUCUUAAAUGCUGGGGACGAGGAAGAUCUUGUGGAACUGAAGUCACUGCAGCAACAACUUAGUGAUGUUUGCUAUCGACAGGCCAGUCAACUGGAAUUUAGGCAGAAUCUCUUACAAGCAGCUCUUGAAUUUCAUGGUGUUGCCCAAGAUUUGUCUCAGCAGUUGGAUGGCUUAUUAGGGAUGUUGUGCGUAGAUGUAGCACCAGCUGAUGGAGCAUCGAUUCAGCAGACUUUAAAACUGCUUGAAGAGAAGCUGAAAAGUGUUGAUGUAGGAUUACAAGGUUUGCGUGAAAAAGGUCAAGGACUUCUGGAUCAGAUCUCCAAUCAGGCAUCCUGGGCCUAUGGAAAGGAUGUAACCAUUGAAAAUAAAGAAAAUGUGGACCACAUACAAGGAGUGAUGGAAGAUAUGCAGCUUAGGAAACAAAGAUGUGAAGACAUGGUGGAUGUGCGAAGGUUAAAGAUGCUUCAAAUGGUGCAGUUGUUUAAAUGUGAAGAGGAUGCUGCCCAGGCGGUAGAAUGGCUAAGCGAACUUCUGGAUGCCCUGCUUAAGACCCACAUCAGAUUGGGUGAUGAUGCUCAGGAAACGAAAGUUUUACUAGAAAAGCAUAGAAAAUUUGUUGAUGUUGCACAGAGCACUUAUGACUACGGCAGACAGUUGCUACAGGCCACGGUGGUGUUGUGUCAGUCUCUGCGCUGCACAUCUCGGUCAUCUGGAGACACACUUCCUCGACUGAACAGAGUAUGGAAACAAUUUACAAUAGCAUCUGAAGAGAGAGUGCAUAGGCUGGAAAUGGCUAUUGCAUUUCACUCAAAUGCUGAAAAGAUUUUGCAAGACUGUCCAGAAGAGCCUGAAGCUAUUAAUGAUGAGGAGCAAUUUGAUGAGAUUGAAGCAGUUGGGAAAUCACUUUUGGAUAGAUUAACUGUUCCUGUAGUUUAUCCUGAUGGAACUGAACAAUAUUUUGGGAGCCCAAGUGACAUGGCUUCCACUGCAGAACACAUCAGAGACAGGAUGAAACUGGUUAGUCUCAAAAGGCAGCAGCUGAGACAUCCCGAAAUCAUGGCCACAGAGAGCUCAUAGCUACCAGCUUCCCACAAAUCUGCAGUUCAUAGUCCCGCAUGUUGUUGGCGUACUACAGCAUAUUAGCCGCAAUACAUUAAGAUACAUUUCACAGCCAGGAUAAGCCUCAUUUCUUUUCAUUUUUCAUUUCUUUCUACAUGUUAACACCUUGCAACUACAAGGCAUCAUUACUUAACUUGCUUUGAGACCAUAGACUCCAAGUAUCUUAAGAGAAGGAACUGUAGACACUGCACUGAAAACUUGCUUUAAAGCUUUACCUGACCUGUCAAUUUGUAGAUGAACAACUGAUAAUAAGCGUUGAAUGGUGCUAAUAAGAGUUUAAGAAUUCUCUAUAUAAAAAAUGGUUGACCUUCCUCCCCAGGUGAUGUAGUAAAUUUAGACUGUAGUUAAAUUGUUAUUAGUAGACAGUGGUAUAUCAAAAAUUUUACUUUGUAAUUCUUCUUCAAAAUUGAUUAUUUUUAUUGUGUCAGUAUGAAGAAAACUUUCAGAUCUUUGAUAUAUCAUAUUCAUUAAAGGACAUUUUCCUAUUUGUAUUGAUAAUGUAUUAAAAGUUGUUUGUGCUUAAUAAAAGGCUUCUUUUAAACAUCUUAUUUAAUUUGGUGGCUAUAUCCUGUUUCCAAACAUGAGUGCCUUAUUUAAAAGGGCAUUCUUAGGAUUGUGAGGAUGGUUUAAUAUUUGUUCUUUCAUGUUGGUUGCAUGUGUUUUAGCCAGGAAAUUCAUAUGUAAGCAUGUGUAUAUAAUAAAUAAGCAUGU